CACGCCCACCACCGCGCUGCACUGGCCACUACUCCCCCUUCCCCGCACUGCACUGCACCAGAACUGCCCCGCGCAAAUGGAAAGAGCACCGCUGUGAUCCCUCCACCCUCCUCGUCCCCCUAGCCGUGUCGCGAUGGCCACCGCCGCCGCCGUCUGCCCUCUCCUGCUCCUCGCCGCGCUACUCCUCGCGGUGUCCGCCACCACGAGCGCGCUCACCGACGACGUGCUCGCACUGGUGGUCUUCAAGAUGGACAUCUCGGACCCGUCGGGCCGCCUCGCGACGUGGACCGAGGACGAUGAUCGUCCCUGCUCCUGGCCGGCCGUUGGCUGCGACGCGCGCACGGGCCGCGUCACCUCGCUCUCUCUCCCGGCGGCGUCGCUCUCGGGCCGCUUGCCGCACGCGCUGCUCCGCCUCGACGCGCUCCUCUCCCUCGCACUCCCGCGCAACAACCUCUCCGGCCCCGUGCCCCCCAACCUCCUAACCGCGCUCCCGCGGCUCCGCGCCCUCGACCUCUCCUCCAACCGCCUCGCCGCGCCCGUCCCCGCGCAGCUCUUCGCCCAAUGCCGUGCCGUCCGCGCCAUCUCCCUCGCGCACAACCAGCUCUCGGGCUACAUCCCGCCCGCCGUCGCGUCCUGCGCAUCGCUCGUGUCCCUCAACCUCUCGUCCAAUCGCCUCGCCGGUCCCAUCCCGGACGGGCUCUGGUCGCUGCCUUCGCUCCGGUCCCUCGACCUCUCCGGCAACGAGCUCUCCGGGAGUGUGCCCGGUGGAUUCCCCCGGACCAGCUCGCUACGGGAGGUGGAUUUGAGCCGAAACCUCCUCGCCGGGGAGAUACCGGCAGAUGUUGGAGAGGCGGCGCUGCUGAAGUCACUGGGUUUGGGGCAUAACUUGUUCACUGGCAGCCUUCCGGACUCGCUCCGGAGGCUGGCCGGUCUGCAGUUCCUCGGCGCCGGCGGCAAUGCGCUUGCAGGGGAGCUGCCAGCAUGGAUCGGGGAAAUAAGGGCGCUGGAGCGCCUUGAUUUAUCGGGCAACCGAUUUGCCGGCAACAUUCCCUACACUAUCGCGAACUGCAAGAACCUUGUGGAGAUCGACCUAAGCUGCAAUGCGCUCACCGGCGAUCUUCCCUGGUGGGUGUUCGGCCUACCGCUGCAGCGCGUCUCGGUGGCAGGCAACCAGCUGAAUGGGUGGGUGAAGGUGGCCGACGACGCAGCAAUGGCGCUUCGUGUGCUGGACCUGUCGUGCAACGCGUUCUCCGGCGAGAUCCCGCUGCGGAUCACUGCCUUCGCGGGUUUGCAGUCUCUUAACCUGUCCUCGAAUUCCUUCUCGGGGCAGCUGCCGGCCGGCAUUGGUGGAUUGAGGCUCCUCGAGGUUCUGGACGUGAGCGCUAACCGACUUGAAGGAACCGUGCCGCCGGAGAUCGGCGGUGCGGUGGCGCUCCGGGACCUGAGGAUGGGAAGGAAUUCGCUUACGGGACGCAUCCCGGCACAGAUUGGGAACUGCAGCUCCCUCGUUGCACUGGAUUUCUCACACAAUAACCUGACGUGGCCGAUUCCUAGCACCAUGGGAAACCUGACCAGCCUCCAAGUGGUCAAUCUAUCUCAGAACAAGCUGAACGGGACCCUACCAGUGGAGCUAUCCAAUCUGCCUAGCCUCCACAUCUUUGACGUCUCCCACAACAUGCUGACAGGGGAUCUGCCACACAGCCGCUUCUUCAACAACAUCCCCGAGUCCUUCCUCGUGGACAAUUCUGGUCUGUGUAGCUCACGGAAGAAUGAUUCGUGCAGCGCAGUUAUGCCAAAGCCUAUUGUGCUCAACCCAAACUCCUCAUCAAAUCCCUCAUGGCAGGCUACACCCAGUGCCCCUAGCAACAUGCAUCACAAGAAAAUCAUACUGAGUAUCUCCACCCUCGUUGCCAUUGCGGGCGGCGCGGCCAUUGCUAUCGGAGUGAUCACCAUAUCCGUGCUCAAUCGCCGCGUCCGGGCCCGUGCGGCUGCCCCACGCUCAGCACCUGCUACUGCAUUGUCCGAUGACUACCUCAGUCAGUCCCCAGAGAAUGACGCUAGCUCCGGGAAGCUUGUCAUGUUUGGCAAGGGCAGCCCUGAGUUCAGCGCCGGUGGGCACGCGUUGUUGAACAAAGACUGUGAGCUUGGGCGUGGAGGCUUUGGGGCAGUCUACAAGACGGUGCUCAGAGACGGACAGCCGGUAGCCAUCAAGAAGCUUACAGUCUCUAGCUUGGUCAAGUCAAAGGAUGACUUCGAGCGACAAGUGAAGACGCUCAGCAAGGUGCGGCACCACAAUAUCGUCGCGCUCAGAGGCUUCUACUGGACUUCGUCACUGCAGCUCCUCAUCUAUGAUUACCUACCUGGAGGAAACCUGCACAAACACCUGCACGAGUGCAACGAAGACAGCUUACUUUCCUGGAUGGAGAGAUUCGACAUCAUCCUCGGCAUUGCCCGGGGCCUGACCUACCUGCACCAGCACGGCAUCAUCCACUACAAUCUCAAGUCAAGCAACGUGCUGCUGGACAGCAACGGCGAGCCAAAGGUGGGUGACUACGGCCUCGCCAAGCUGCUGCCGAUGCUGGACCGGUACGUCCUGAGCAGUAAGGUCCAGAGCGCGCUCGGGUACAUGGCGCCAGAGUUUGCGUGCAAGACGGUGAAGAUCACCGAGAAAUGCGACGUCUAUGGCUUCGGGGUGCUUCUGCUGGAGGCCUUGACGGGCAGGAGGCCCGUGGAGUACUUGGAAGACGACGUGGUUGUCCUGUGUGACCUGGUCAGAGGCGCGCUGGAGGAAGGCAGGCCAGAGGACUGCGUCGACCCUCGGCUGCGCGGCGAGUUCCCCAUGGACGAGGCCCUGCCGGUCAUCAAGCUGGGCCUUGUGUGCACCUCUCAGGUGCCGUCGAACCGGCCUGGCAUGGGUGAGGUCGUGAGCAUGCUCGAGCUGGUGAGGAAUCCUCGAGAUAUCGCCGAGGAUGAGCUGGUUUGAGCCCCGGCCGUCGGGAGAUUCUGUUCUAGUUCACCUUGAGAGCCUUCUCUUUUGUGUUUUUUUUUUCUUCUCUCGGAUGCAUAUAUGGUUGCCCGAUGGGGAAGAAAGGAGAG